AUGAACGCUGCAUCCCAGGGCGACAAAGCCCUCUCCACCUCUGACAUUCCCAGCGCCAUCAAACACUUUACCCAAGCCCUCGUUGAGCUCCCCCGCGCUCCAACCUACUACAUCAAACGCUCAACCGCCUACUCGCGCGUCAAAGCCGCAGACGGCGGCCCCAAAUCCACGGCCUCUCUCCGCGAUGCCGAAGUCGCAUUGACGCUUGCGCGAGAGCGUGGAAAGCGCGAACUCAUUCUGUCUGCGCAGAUGAGACGCGGGGUCGCGUUGUAUCAGCUUGAGAGGUAUGGGGAUGCGAGGUUUGUGUUUGAGAUUAUUCAGGGGAAGACUACUGGUGGUGCUGCAGAGGGUAAGGGGAAGGAGGAAGAGGUUAGGGAUGCUAUGGGUGCUGGGGGCGCUGCGAAGAAGAAUGGGUAUGAGCAGGAGUUGCCGAUUUGGGUGGCUAAGGUUAAGGGUCGGCUGAAUAAGUUUGGUGAGGGGGAUGAGAAGGGUAUUGUUUCGGUGAAAGAGUAUCCGAGUGAUGUUAGGAUUCCGACUGAGACGGAGCUCAAGGCGCAGUUGGAGGCGCUCAAAUCUGGGAAGACGGAGGUUGAGGAGAGCGUUUCGGGGGGGGGACAGAAGAGCGAAGACGCGGCUAAGACAGACCAGAAUAGGGAAGUCAGUGCACCUUUUACUGCAACUCCUUCAGCUGCGCCAGCUCCUGAGAAGAUUCGGCAUGAGUGGUACCAGUCCAACGAUUCGGUCGUUGUCACACUCUACGUGAAGGGAAUUUCGAAGGACAGUGUUGCCAUUGAUCUCAAAGAUGACUCUUUGUCCCUCCAAUUCCCUCUCCCAUCCGGCACAGACUACGACUUCACUCUCGACCCAUUCUUCGCAACGGUCCACCCAUCCACCUCCAAGGUCGCAGUAAUGUCUACCAAAAUCGAAAUCACCCUGCGCAAGCAAACCCCAGGCCAAAAAUGGAACGCCCUUGAAGCAUCUGCCACAAACGUCAAACUUGCCGACCGCCAAGCCGCUACGGACUCAAAGUCAACGACCGACAAGGGCCCCUCCUACCCAACCUCAUCUCGCCAUGGCACCAAGGACUGGGAUAAGGUUGCAUCGUCGCUAGACAAGAAACACAAAUCCAAGAAGGAUAAGAAGAAAGGGGCCGGGAACGAUGGGUCUGGGGACGAGUCUGAUGGCGUGGAGUCUGUUGAUUCUGAUUUUGGCGGUGGCGAUGCAGUGGAUGGGUUCUUUAAGAAGUUAUAUGCUAACGCGGACCCGGAUACCCGUCGUGCUAUGACCAAAAGUUAUGUUGAGAGUCAGGGAACUUCAUUAAGCACGAACUGGAGUGAAGUUGGCAAGGGUAAGGUUGAGGCUCGGCCGCCUAGUGAUUAG